AUGACCAACAACCCUGUGGUUGCGGAAAAUGAAUACGAGUACGAAUAUGAUGACAAUGAAACCGAGACUUUUCUCGUGGACCUCGACGUCUCAUCUCUAAAUACCGCCAUCAAAUCCAGCAUUGCCGUGACAGCCAAGGGCAAAAAGAAACCAAAGCCCAGGUCGAGAAAAGUCGAUCAAAAUACAAAGACUCCAACUCCGGACCCGGACCCAGACCCAGACCCCGAACCCGAUGAACCUCAAAACCCACAUGGUACUGCAAGUCCUGGAUCUGCCCAACAGACGCCGGUCAAUGAUGAUGUGAGGGAGCAGAACGAUGUCCAAACAACCAUCCCCGUCAGUUUCCAGGCUCUAGGCUUGCAUUCCACCAACCCCAUUAUUUCGUAUCAGGACCAGGUAUACAGCUGUACAUGGGUUGAUAUGAUUGGAACCAACAUGUUUUUUACCCAACCAGGCGCAUCCGAGGAUAUCCAACCUGCCCUCUCGACGGACGACUGUGACCUACUUGGCGUGUCCACCAUCAAAUUGCUUGGCCAUCGGACCAUCAUGAAGAAGAAUCCCAAGAAGAGGGCCAGAGCAGAAGACGACGAGGAAGGCCACCUCGCCGGUCGAAGCCUGGGUGAACUCACCCAUAACAGUGCGGCCAAAAAUGUCCAGAUCAAAAACCAAGCGACUUUUUUGGAGAAGCUUAUGGACAUCAAGAGUCAGCGUGGCCACCAGGACAUGGUUCGGACUUAUGUGGAUGAGAAAACUGCGGCCAAAGAAUCACCCCAAUUCAGCCAAGCUCAAUCCAUCGAGAUUGACGAAUUGAACCGACGGGUGGUACGAGGUGACGGUGCAGCACUGGAGAGACUUCAAAAAAUCUAUUCUCAAUUAGAGGAAGAUGACGGAGAUCAUGGUAAUAAUGCUGCUAUGGAACCAAGCCAUGAGGUCGGUGAGGUCGGUCCAAGUCCGACAGAGAAUAUGCAAGCCGUUUGA